GAAAGCAAGAUCCUAUAAAUAUAUGUGCAAAAAUAUUGUGGUUACUCAACCCUCCCCAUGGAUCCUGCUACGUAUGUCCACACUAUUGCAGGAAUAAUCUUAGCUUUGUUAAUUGCAUACACAGUGCUUAAGUCCCCUAAUGGGUCUAAACACAAAAAGGGUAACAAAGUACCCGAACCUCGUGGUGCUUUACCUCUCAUAGGUCACCUCCAUCUUCUUAACGCUAAAAUACCCUAUUUUAGAACCUUUUCAAUCAUGGCUGAGAAAUAUGGUCCAAUUUUUUCUGUCAAAUUGGGUUGCCACCCCACCUUAGUGGUGAAUAGCAGGGAAAUUGCCAAGGAGUGUCUCACAACAAAUGACAAAGUUUUUGCCUCAAGACCUGACACAUCUGCAGGGAGAAUCAUAGGUUACAACAAUGCAGUGUUUGGCCUUUCUCCUUAUGGAGACUAUUGGCGUGAAAUGAGAAGAAUUUCCACUCUUGAGAUUUUCUCAAGACACAGGCUUGAAAAGCUAAAGCAUGUGAGAGACACCGAAAUAUUCUCUCUUGUCAAAGACUUGUACUCGUUAGCAAAGAAUGGGAAGGGUUCAAGUGUAGUUCCUAUAAGCAAGUUAUUGGAGCACACAACCUUCAAUAUAAUUGUGAGGAUGAUUGCUGGGAAGAGAUUUGAAGGGAACACUAUUAAUGAAGAAGAUAAUGAAGCAUGGAGGCUAAGGAAGGCCAUAAAAGAUGCCACAUAUCUAUGUGGUGUUUUUGUGGCAGCUGAUGCUAUUCCUUCCCUUAGUUGGUUUGAUUUUCAAGGGCACGUAGGUUUCAUGAAGAGGACUGCUAAGGACAUGGACAUUAUUCUUGACAAGUGGCUGGAAGAACAUGUCAGAAAGAGAGGUGAGGAUGAGAAUGGUAGUUGCGAAAGCGACUUCAUGGAUGUGAUGAUAUCAACUUUCCAAGGGCAAGAAGAAAUUUGUGGCUAUAAGCGGAACAUAGUUAUCAAAGCAACAUCGGUGCUCCUUAUUCUCACUGGGUCAGGAAGCACAGCCAUAACACUAACAUGGGCAUUGUCCUUACUCGUAAACCAUGGAAAGGUCCUGAAGAAAGCCCAAGAAGAAUUGGACAGGCAUGUAGGAAAAGAAAGAUGGGUGGAAGAAUCAGACAUAAAAAAGCUAAGUUAUCUUGAUGCCAUAAUCAAAGAGACCCUACGUUUGUACCCACCAGCCCCCUUAACCGGAAUUAGGGAAGUGAUGGAGGAUUGUUGUGUGGCAGGGUACCAUGUGUCAAAGGGAACACGUUUGCUUAUUAACCUAUGGAACUUGCAAAGGGACCCACAAGUAUGGCCUAAUCCUAAUGAAUUUCAACCAGAGAGGUUCCUCACCACUCAUCAAGACAUUGAGUUUAUGAGUCAAAACUUUGAGUUAAUCCCAUUUAGCUUUGGAAGAAGGUCAUGCCCUGGCAUGACAUUUGGGUUGCAAGUGUUGCACUUGACUCUGGCUCGCUUGCUUCAAGGCUUUCACAUGUGCACUAAGGAUGCUCUUCAGGUUGAUAUGACUGAAGGCUUAGGAGUUGCCUUGCCUAAGGAACAUGCCCUUCAACUUAUCCUCAAACCACGUCUUCCACUCCACCUUUAUGAAACCCUUUAAAUAACGUCUCUACCAACUAUCACUACUAUUUUAUUUCUGUUAUUUAAGAUAUUGGAGUUAGCCCUAAAAAUAAUGAGAUUAUAGUUUGGGUUGUAUUAUUAAACUAGUAGUUUUUAUAUGUAAUUUAAAGGUUAAAUUAGUAAUAUUUGAAUAUUAAAUAAAUGAUCCUUCUUCUAUUUUUA